AUGGCCGCGAUACUUGGGGGUGGAGGUGAAGAUGGCCUCGGUCAGCUGGGGCAGUUUCCCCUCGAACAAUGGUUCUUUGAGAUGCCACCUUGCACCCGGUAUUGGACGACCGCAACGGUAAUUACAUCUAUCCUGCUGCAAUGCAAAGUCAUCACGCCAUUUCAGUUGUUCUAUUCGUGGCGCGCAGUUUACUAUAAGUCGCAGUAUUGGCGACUAUUAACCACGUUCAUAUAUUUUGGGCCGCCGUCCUUGGACCUGGCCUUCCAUGUGUUCUUCCUUCAGCGAUAUUCUCGACUGUUGGAACAAGGAUCUGGGCCUUCACCGGCCGUCUUCUCUUGGCUGCUAUUAUACGCAUGCACGUCCCUCCUCGCCCUGAGCUCGCUUACCACCUCCAUCCCAUUUCUGGGCUCAGCACUAUCAAGCACUCUUGUAUACAUCUGGUCACGACGCAAUCCUGAUACCCGAUUGAGCUUCCUCGGCGUGCUCGUCUUCACCGCUCCUUAUCUUCCCUGGGUUCUAAUGGCCUUCCACAUGUUCAUGCACGGCAGCAUUCCCAAGGACGAGAUACUUGGUGUGAUUGUUGGCCAUGUCUAUUACUUCUUCGCGGAUGUCUGGCCUGGUUUGCAUGAUGGCCAACGACCGAUGGAUCCUCCCGAGUUCUGGGUCCGCUUGUGGGAAGGCCGACGAGGAGAAACUGGCGUUCGAAACAUUGAUGGUGACGUGGCGGCCGCAGCUGCUAGGCCAGGCGAAGUACGAUAA